UUCCAUACUGAGCAUUAUACCUCAAGGCACUCAAUCCUCUCAAUGGGUGAAGCUUUACUCUCAGCUUUUCUGCAAGUCCUUGUCCAGGCAAUUGCAGAUUUGGUGAAGAAGGAGCUGCAGUCUGGACAUGGUCUUGAGAAUGAGUGGAAAAUUCUGCUUUCUAAUGUGGAAAUGAUUCAAGCUGUUCUUAGAGAAUCUGGCAAUAUACAGCUUUCUGGUGAACAGGAAGUAUUGUUUGGUACGCUGAAAGAUAUCAGCUACGAUGCAAUGGAGGUUUUGGAUGAGUACUCCUACGAAGUUCAACGACGUCAGGUGAUCCAUCUUGUCUCUCUGCGCAACAGCAAAUUUAUUUCUCCACUGAAUCCUUGGCGUCAAAACUUCAUGCGUGUUAUGGCAAAGAAGAUCAAUGAAAUAGCUGAAAGAACUCAAAGUAUUGCAGGAAUGCGUUCCUUACAAGUAGAUGUCCAUGGCCAUAUAGGCCAACACUACGAAGGCAGCAGGCUCCAUCAGAGCAGCUCUCUUCCCCCAACUUCUGUUUAUGGUAGACAUAAUGAUCAGGAGAACAUUGUAAAUAUGCUUCUUUGGUCUGAUUUGAAGCCCAAGGAUGCUGUCUUGCCAAUUCAGGGGGAAGCUUAUAUCGGGAAGACAGCAGUUACUCAGCUAGUCUUCAACGACGAGCGUGUAUCAAUGUACUUUGAGCUGAAGCUGUGGGUUCAUGUGUCACAUGAGUUCAGUAUAGAAAGGAUAACUGCAUCUAUCAUUGAAUCCAUAGAAGGCAGUCCGUUUCUUUCUGACAACCUGAACACCCUCCAGAUGCACCUAGAAAAGCUGUUGCGAGGAAGAAGAUACCUCCUUGUCCUAGAUGACUAUUGGAGAGAGAGCUGGCAUGACUGGGAGAAGCUCAAACUUCCAUUGCUCAAUGGUGCUGUGGGAAGCAAGAUCAUAGUGACAACGAGGAGUGCGGUAGUUGCUCAAGAUAUUGGCACGUUAGAUUCAUAUCACUUGAAAGGGCUGGAACAGGAGGACUGCUGGUUAUUAUUCUGCCAAUAUGCAUAUGAUUCUGGGGAUUUCGAUGACAGAUUGAAGGAUGAAAUUCUACAGAAGUGCAAAGGAGUACCGUUCAUAGCAGCCAGUUUAGGUCAUCGACUGCACCAAGAGAACGACAGAAGCAAGUGGGCAGCUAUUCUGCGAGAGGAGAACUGGGAUUCCAGUACUGGUGAUUUCAUUAGAGCACUUCGACUGAGCUAUGCACAACUACACUCCCAUCUCAAGCCUUGUUUCGUAUACAGCUCCAUUAUACCACAGAAGUUCCAAUUUGAGGAGGAAUGGCUCAUCAAGCUCUGGAUGGCUCAGGGUCUCAUUCAACCUAAUCCUAUGUCCAGGGAUACAAUUGAGGACACUGGUAGAUCUUACUUCAGAUCUUUAGUUGGCCAAUCCUUUUUCCAGCGAGCACAUGUUGACCCCACUGGAGAACGACACAGGUACAGCUUGUCUGAAAUGAUGCACGAUCUUGCUCUACAUGUCUCAGGUGCAGACUGUAAAUGUUAUAUGAUGGAAAGACCUUACGACCUUCCAGUGAAAGUCAGGCAUCUAACAGUAGUCUUCAACAAGGUUGCCAGUCAAGACAUGUUUGAGGUGAUCUCCUGUGGCGAGUUCUUGCACACAUUUAUAGUUUUGGGUGGCUCUGAGGAUAUUGUACUAAGGAUCCCUGAUGACAUUGGGGAGAUAUUUACAAGGCUACGAACCUUAGAUUUAAGUAAUUUUGGUGUAACUCAUCUGCCUGAAUCGAUUGGAAAAAUGAAACAUCUUCGGUGUCUCCAGCUUCAAGGCACCAAGAUAAGACAGUUACCCGAGUCAAUCUGUCGUCUUUACAAUCUUCAAACACUGGGCCUCAGAAAUUGUUAUGAUCUUGAAGAGUUGCCACGUAAAAUAAAGAAUCUUUGCAAGCUAAGGCAUAUUGAUCUGGUAAUGACCCGUGAUCCCAACCACAAUGUCUGCAGCUUGAGGUGUAUGCCCAAGGAUAUAGGGUUGUUGACUGAUCUUCAAACCCUGUCAAAAUUCUCUCUAAGUGUCCACCCUCAUGGAGGCGGUAUAGAAGAGUUGGCUGAUUUGAACAAUCUCCGAGGGGAACUUCUCAUUUCAAAUCUGCAUCUUGUUAAGGAUGUGCAUGAAGCUGCACAAGCACAAUUGGCUUCCAAGCAGUUCCUCCAAAAGCUGGAGCUUUCAUGGAGCAACAACAGCGAACAAGAUAAGAAGUUUGCUUUCACGAAGUUAUUGCAAAAGCAUGAGCUUCCAUGUAGCAGCAGCAACAACGAACAUGCUGAGCAAAUAUUAGAACACCUAAAGGCACCCACCACCAUUAAGGAGCUUACCCUCUCAGGUUACACAGGCAUGGUAUGCCCUAGUUGGCUUGGUUCUGCAGACUACACGAAUCUAGUCACUGUGAGCCUCCGUGAUUUCAAGAGCUGCAGUGUUCUUCCUCCCCUUGGGCUGUUACUUCAUUUGGAAAAUCUCCACCUUAAAGGUUGGGAUAGGUUGACCUCCAUGAACUGCGGCGAAUUUUGUGGUAGCAGUUUUGAGGAGAAUAAUGGACUACACAAAGCUAGUUUCCAAUCUCUGAAGAGUCUGCAUUUGGAGAGGCUGGACAGACUGCAGCGUUGGGAUGGGGAUGACAGAUGUGCUUUUCCUAGUCUUCUUGAGCUUGUUCUCGAGAAUUGCGGCAUGCUGGAACAAGUGACCCACAGUCUCCCUUCACUGACAAAGAUAACAGUGGAAGGGUCACGGGAUUUUUGUGGCCUUCGGAAGUUCCCUUCUCUGAAGUACGUGAAUGUAAAUGCAAGUGGUGAGUGGAUUUGGGGAUCAUGGGGAUCCCUUUCUUCUCCUAUAUCCAUCACCCUCUGCAAAUUGCCGACAAUUCUCUUCCCCGCAGGGUUAGGAUGGUCCCAUACAUCUUUGCAACGCCUUGAGAUCAGCCACUGCGAGCAACUGGUGUCCAUACCUGAGGAUUGGCCACCAUGUAAUCUGAGGCACUUCUCGUUAAGGCAUUGCCCUCAGCUUCAGGAACUGCCAAGGGGCAUUCAACACCUGCGAGCAUUGGAAGACAUGGAGAUUAUUGCUUGUGGGCAGCUUACUCAUCUCCCGGAGAUGAGUGGCCUUAUUUCACUUGUCCGACUGGAGAUUGCAGACUGUGGUUCGAUUCAGUCAUUGCCAAAUACAGGCUUGCCUCGCUCAAUGCAGUUCUUAAGCAUUAACAAAUGCCCUCAGCUUGCGCGGUCUUGCAUGAACGCAGGAAGUGUAGAUCAAGUCAUGAUCAGGAACAUCUUUUCAGUGUGGAUUAACGAACGUGAAGUGUCCACUUCUGCUGAAUGCUGAUGAGCCCGGUUUCGUUAUCCUGGCAAAGCUCCAGAGAUAUAAAAAAUGUACAAUGCAUUAUGUUCUUUCUUUUCCUGCUGUACUUGCUUCAUACAUUCCAAACAUACUGUUUUACUUGUUAUCCUGGUGCUGCUACCUUCUGUUUUUUAGGUCGGCAUUAGAAAUUCGUGAAGCUAGAGCUGAAGAUACAUUAAAGAUAUUUAUAUGAGCCAUUUUGUAUUUA